AUGGGGGCAGGGGGAGCCGACAGGUCCGCCUCGCUGAGAGGAACCCAACGUCUCAAACGGCACCGCGAUCAGAGGUCGGGAGCGGCCGAAAAGUAUGGUGGAAGAUCGGCGACGGAGCUCUCCAACGAGGUGUGUUCGUUGUUCUGGUGCGGAGUGACGGGCGUAGCUCGCCCUUUUAUAGACGAAGCCAAAGUUACUGCUUCAUCGGGUGAGUUACAGCCAUAG